GCCACACCUGACAAAAAAACACGCUGUGCAGGGUUCUCAUUACGGGUAGUGGGUUAUGGCUCUUCCACUUCGAGUCCUGUAUUUCCCGGGAAGGUUAAAUUACUCGGGAAAUGCAGUUCGUGAUCCUGGAGUCCUAAGUACUCCCACCACGUGUCCGAUCGGGGGAUCCUACGUUUCUGUGAUUUAUUGUGGAACUCGUUCUUAAAGAAUGCUUAGAUCAAAAAGAAAAUUAAAAAGUCCAUCUGGAAUUCACUGUGGCCAAGUACGGUGAUCAGUAUGUUGUUCAGUCGAACAAGGCCUCCAACAUCACAGUUGGUGGAGCUUCAUGUUUUUUAUGUCCCAGAAGAAGUGUGGAACUUCAAGCUGAAUACAGUUUCUGCAGCUCUUUCUAGUAAAUUCAUCUCAGCUGGAUUUAUAAGGGUGUCUCCUCACAUCACACUAAGAGUGCUGCGGGAGAAGCUUGGAGAGUACCUGGGUGGAGUUGCAGUUGCAGAUAAAUUUAUAUUUUUAAAAUGCAUUGGGAAAAAACUAGCAGUGGUGAAAGCAAAGCAAGAAGCAGAACUGGAAGUGAAAUCAUUUGCUCCUCCUUAUGCACUUUAUCCUGAAUUAUAUUUAUUACCUGGAGUGGAGUACUUUGAAGAUGUUUAUCCAUUAUCAUCAUCAACUCAAGAAAGGCAUCGCUUUAACGCAGAAGCUAGUAGAUUUGGUCACGGGUCAAGAAUAUCCAGUCUUCCCCCCCACAAAAAUGAAAAAAGUAAAGGAUUUUUAGAAAGCAGAAAAAGCAGUCAUCUGCCAGAAAAUCAGGAAGUGCACAGUCCUCUUGAAUGGGAUGAGAAAGAAUCUGUUCUGAUUCUGCACACAAAUCACGAGCAAGACCAGAACAACAGGAUUCAAGAAAAACAGAUUCAGCUUAGAGAGAAAGAUCAAAAUGGAUCCAGUGGAGUUCUCUUUGUGCCAAGGAGUUCAAAUACUGCAAAUGGAGAAUCUGGGAAGAGCCGUGUGCUUCUACAGAGCUCUCAGCAAAAUUGUCGCAGCCAAGAUCAAAAAGAGCAUAAUGCUCCCAAAUGGAAUGACAAAGCCAAAGGAACUGCUCUUACUCUUCAUGUAAACCGCAGUGAUGAACAAGGCCAGGAUAACCAGACCCCCCCAGAUUAUAUUAAAUAUCAAAAGGAACUAAACCCACUAAACCCUGAAUUGCUAGUUACAAACGUGGAAAAUAAUGAGCAUCAAGAAGAUACCAAACUAAGAAGGAGCAGAACACAGGAUUCUGAAAUUCCUAAAACGUGGGAAGGCCAAACCAUAGAAUAUAUAUAUAAUAACCAAAGUUUGCAGCGGUACAGAACUGGCAAAUCUGUAGCUCAUCUUGGUGAAAAACAGGAUAACCAGGCAGAUGAGAAAAACCAAAAUCCUCUUACAUGUCCAAAAGAAUAUCUUUCUCCUCCUAGCCCACCUUUUCUGGCACUUUCUGUGAACGCAGCUCAAGUUCCUGCAAUUCAGGCAGAAAAAAACAAGAUGGCAAAACAACUGCAGGAGAUGAAGAAAGACAGAAGAAAUGUGGAAAAAACUAGAGAAGACCUGCUCAAAAAAGCCAAAGGGCUACUGGAACAGAAUAAGCUGAGGCGAUACCAUGUUCGUGAGGAAUGGAAAAAGAAGUACUUUGAAACAAAAAAAGCUACAGUUUCACUUGAGGACAUUUUAAACAGACUAAGACACGAUCUAGAGCUUUACUACAAGAAGUUACUUUUGCAACUGGAAGCCAGAGAUACUCGAAAACGACCAAAUAAUACAACAAAUUCCAAGAAUAACACAAUCAUCCGGAUUAUUACAGUACAGCAUGAUAUUGAUCAACUGAGGAGGAAGCUGGAUGACACAAAAAUGAAACUCAUAAUAGAAAUUAAGAUGAGAAAACAAGCAGCAUCUGAUUUACGAGCGCUGAGAGCAGAACUGACACAGAAGAAGAUUCAUUCAGCUUUAAUUCUCCACUCUGGAAAAUCAGGAAUUUAGGGGGAUGACACAACUUAGCGGCUGUAAUGUCUACUGAAGCUCUGUAAUGUAUAUAGAAGCUCAGAAUUUCAAAGCAUUUGUUUUUUAAUAGUCUUAAAGUUCUGUUGUGAAAAGACAUCAAGUAUGUAAAUAUUGUGGCAUUUGUAUACUAAGCUACUGAGGUACUGCAACUCGCUUGCUUCUUUUUAAAGCUUACUCUUAUUAUAACACUACUCAACUAUGUAAACAUGCAGUUUAACCUAGUAAUGUGGCUAAAACCCAAAUUAUUUUAAAAGUGCAAAUUGUUUAAUAUCAUAAGUAUGUUGCUAGUCUUUUGUAAACAAAAUAUUUGCUAAGCAAGUAUUCCUAUAAACAAAGGUUCCCCCAAUUGGGGGCAUAUGCAUUUAAUUCUUGAGCAAAACAAGUUUUCUAUAGAACUAGAGCAACAGUUAGUUAUUUUUUCUUUAGCUAUUGCUUGAUACUACAUAGAUAGGCCUUUUUAUAAUGACAGAAAAAUACUAGUCCAUGUGUUAUGCAGUAUGAACAAAAUCCCAGAUAAUCUUAGCUUAUUUCAUAUCCAGCAGGGUUUUUUUUGUUCCUUUUUACAGGAAAGCUACAUGGAGAAUAGCCAAUUCUUUAAUUAGUGGAAGAUGCAAGCUUUGUCUUGGACUGUUGUAAUGAUGCUCUUGGUCUGCUUUACUUACAAUACUGGAGACUAUUUUCCUUCAAGUUCUUACACGUGCUCCGGGAACAAAUCUCUGACAGAGUAAUCAGAAAUGUCUUCUUGCUAGUUAUUUUUUUCCAGCAUUCCUGUGUGUUUCCUUGCAGAUCCAGACAUUAUUACAAUAGCAUGCUAGAAGUUAAUGAUGUCAGCUAAAAAGGUGACUGGGCUGUGUUUAUUACUGCGAGUGACAUCUGUAAUAGGAUAAAAAAAAUUGUGCAACUCUUGAAAGGAGGAAGGAACUUGCAAUGUCUUGAGCCAAGCCACGCUUUUUCCAAUUUAUUUUUUUAAAGAAAAGAUUUAACAAAAAGUUUUAAGUAUUAAAGUAUUAAAACAAGCACAUUUGUGCAAUUCAAGAUUGAACUGUCUUAUUUAAAAAACACGCAGGUCUUCCAUGUUCUGGUUUUUAUGUAUGAAAAAAGAGCUUAAGCCAUCCAGAUUCUGCUUCUUGAAGUAGGCAUUAUAAAAAACUAAUAUUAUCAGUAGCAGCAAAACUGAACUAGUAAACUGAAAAGUGUAAGAAUAAUCUUCCAAGCAAAGGAAUAGGAAAUUCUGUCAGGUUUUAAUACAUGCAAUCCACAGUAGUUUGUGUUGUGUGCCCUGCCUCUGUCACUACAGAUUAGAUUGUUCUGUAUGCUCUUAGAAACACAUGGAAUCCUAAUACAGCUCCUCAGGGGCUGAAAACUUAGAUAGGGUUCCACAACAUCAUCCUGUCUCAUUCAUGGGAAGAUGAUCGAACAAAAACAGGCCAGUGCACCUUCAGAAAUUCUCUGUCCUCACCUGUGUCAACAGUCUCCAGUUUCCAGUGCUGCUGCUGAUUUUUGAAAAAAAUAUUCAAGGUAUGGAUAUAGGAUUUUGAGAGGGGCAAUGAGCUAGAAAUCACAAAUCAUAGCUGGUUUUUGCUUCACAGCAGGCAACUGUCUAUUGGAAAAAUCUGACCACUCUCCCCACCCCCACAAAAAUCAACUCAUGAUCCUUGCCCGCUACAGGAAGGAGAGUUUUGUGAUAUAGUCAUCUUGCCUUCAGUCAGCUUUUUGUAGCUCUGCUCUUGCACUUCAGAAAAAUCUCUUAAUUUGAUGCCAAAUAUCUCAUGUUAUCGUAGCAUAGGUACAUAAAUGAUUAACGUUAACUAUUUAAGACUUUGUAUGUAUGUCAAAUAAAUUAAUGUUUGUGCAAAGUUCUUGCAUUCAGCUUUUAAAGCCAGAAGAACCAGAGGUCUAGUGAAGAGCCCUCUCAUCUUCCACUCAGGAGAAAAGUUUUAUAUGUGGGAGCAGCAGGCUUCACGUUCAGCAUUCUAUUACCUGUAGAAUCACAGCAGUCAGACGGGCAUAUAACAAUUACAGGGCUUUCAGGCUAUGGUGGUUUCCCAUUAACUGUUUAGCCCUCCUGCCCUUGCUCCCUAAACAACCACACACACACACACACGUACCGCACACCCGCGUCCCCAGGCAGCAGUACACACACACAC